GCGUUCUUGAUCACAUGAGUCGCCAGAUCGCCUCAGCUGCAUCUCCCCAGCUGCAUCUCCCCCAUCCCCAGUAGGUGAUCAAGUCCUGGCUGGUUGUCGUCCUGUGUGACACACCAUGAAACCAAAACGGCAUAGGGUGGAGGCACACCUGACGCAGUGCCAACCCUCUGCCACCCACCCGCACCGACUUGGGCAGGUCCACGGCUGUCACGGCUGAUCUUGCAUCCUCCGACGAGCGAGAUGCCACUUUGUCCAGGUGUGCGAAGCGUCAUUGCCCAGGACCAAUAGCUCCCCCACUAGUGUAGGGCCGUCUCUGGCGUCCUGGACUUGACCUUGUGGGGGCCAUCAGCCAGAAUAGCAGCUCACGGGCUGCACGCCUCCAGCCUCCAGCCUGCUGCCUGCUGCCUGCUGCCUCCUGCUCGCUCCUGGCUCAUGGCAGGGCUCCUGCAUGCCAUGGCUCGUCAUGGUCACAAGGCUUGGGAGGCAGGCAGACUACAGAUAUCAAGUGCCAGGCCCCCCCCCCCCAUUCUCUAUUAACCCACCUGAUCCGAUAGCCACCAUCAACUCUUGACUACUCGCUACCGUCUGGGUACCUACCUACGACUUCACUCGCCUCCUGCUCUACUGACCUGCCAUCCACACGUGAACAAGCAUCAGCCUCAGCCUCUGCCUCCCGGAACAGUCACCUCCUACACACACACACACAUCCACAUACUUGCCACUUGCCUCGACCUCUAUAUAUCAGUAGACAGACAGCCUUUGCGGGCUCCCACUCCGCCCACUAUGGAGACCCUACGAUAUUCCACCUCGACCUUUAGCGCCGACAAAAUGCAGCACAAGACACGUCGCCAGAGCAAGUUCCCAGAUGUUGAGGCCAGCCUGCAGGCCUCGACCCCUUCCAACUUCAAGACCUUCCGCCCUGUGCAACCAAGGCGGCUGGUCUCCGACCCCGUCGCGAAUAUCUUGUCCUAUCUAGGCCCGCGCAACCCUUGGCCCCAGCCUGUUUCCAAGGACGACGAGUUAUGGUUGUUCGACAACACUGCCUUCCCUGUGACAAAGAAAGAGAAGGGCGGGAAAGAGGUCCACACAUGGAACGCAGAAUUCGUUGCCGCUGUCUUCUCCCAGGACCCCUCAUGCACCGUCAGCGACGUCGUCGUGCAGAUUGCCGACAAGAUUGGCCUAGCCGAUGACGACGAGGCCAAAAGGACCAUCGAGGAGAGGUUGCGCCCGUUCCUCAUGGACAUACAGCCUGGGAAGCAGGUCUUGGCUCUGCAUGGGGGCGAGACCCACCUCAAGUUCAGCUCGGGGAGUAGGAACGGCAUAAGCACCGACGUCAAAGCCAUUCCGGCCGCACCAGCAGGCAUGGUCGUUCCAACCACAGCCCAGGUGCCAGAGGGUGUAACGGGGUUAUUGCAGAGCAAGACCUUCUUCUCCGACCCAGACGGCUGGGCCGUGAUAUCAGACGUCGACGACACCAUCAAGAUCACACAGACGAGUGACCCCAUCGGCAUCUUACGGAGCACAUUCGUGAACAAGCCAGAGCCUGUUGCUGGCAUGCCUGAGCUAUACAAGUUCAUCCAGUCCGAGAUUACCUCGGCGUCACCUUGGUUCUAUUUGUCCGCGUCACCAUACAAUCUCUAUCCGUUCUUGCGCGAGUUCCGAGAUGCCUACUACCCCCAGGGCCAAUUACUGCUGCGAGAUGCCUCUUGGAUGAGCAUACCCGGCCUGCUUUCCAACCUGACGCUCGGCACCGAGGGCUACAAGGUGGAUCGCAUGAAGAAACUCCACGGCUGGCUUCCCAAGAAGAAGAUGCUCUGCAUCGGCGACAGCACCCAGAGUGACCCCGAGGCAUACGGAGAGAUUUACCGCGCGCAUCCAGAGUGGGUCAAGGCAAUUUUCAUCAGGAAGGUGACGGACAUUGCUGCCAUUGGGAUCGAGGAGAAGAACAAGGACGAGCGGUUCCAGGCUGCCUUCAAGGACGUGCCGACAACGGUCUGGCGCGUGUUUUCAGAACCUGACGAGUUGUAUGAUGUUAUCAGAGAGCUCGUCGCUGCCAAGGACUCAUAGGAACCAGUUCGUGGCGACGUUGUGACCAAGGAGCAUAGAAGGAUUACGCUGCGUCGCCUUCGGAGAAGCACCUUUACUCGGGGUCGAUGAUUGUUUGUUGAUCACCCGGCUCCUCCUCUCCCACUUUCGCCUGCCUUGAUGCGCUGCUGGGCGCGGCACUUAGUACAUAUAUAUAUACCCUUAGCGACUUUUGCUCAUCGAAGAAGAACAGAGCACUUAGCUAGAAAUUUUUAUAAUAUUAGGAUGUCUUGCUGA